CGUUUUAUUGAAUUCGGUGAUUUUUUCUGUUCAUUCUUCGGGAAGAAUCAACCAAUUUUGCAGUUUUCAUAAAUCAACGCAAAUAUUUUUGCAAACUUUUAUAACAAAAAAACAAAAGGUCUUCUCCAUAAAAAAAACUAGCGGAGGCAGCAGCAAAACCAACAACAACAAAAUAAAUAAAGUGUAAUUUAAUCAAGUCACUAAAUAAAUACCAAAGUAAAAGUAAAUAGACAAAACAAAAAAAAACAAUAAUAAGUAAUAACAAAAAGAAAGUGAAAACAAAAGCCAAAGACCCGAAAACUUAGAAAAUUAACAAGAAAACAUAAGAAACAAAAACCUAAUACAACCAACAGAACAAUAUAAAAAGUGUUUACAUUUCUAUAAAGUUCGUGGUCAAGUUUCUGGGUAGUGAAAAAUGGGUGAUUCCGAGAGACAAAGUCUAUUGAAGAAUGAAGAUACUUCUAUGUAUACCUCCGCCUCGACCGGUGUGGGUGUUGGUGGCGGCGCCACCAAUGCAGCUGUCGCUCAAGGUGAUGUUGGAGUAGCUGGCCAACAGCAGCCCUCACAACCACCACCAGCGGAAGCUGGUGUGGCACAAUCGAAUGUUCCCUUUAUUGGACCCGAUGAAGUACCACCACCUUAUCAGCAGGGAGCAGGUGGUGGUGUACCCAUGGUUACUUGUCGUGUGUGCCAGGGUAUGAUUGAUAUUACCUCGAAGCGUGAUCAGCAUGUAGUUAAAUGUCUUCAGUGUAAUGAAGCUACACCCAUACGUAAUGCACCACCUGGCAAAAAGUAUGUACGUUGCCCUUGCAAUUGUUUGCUCAUUUGUAAAAGUUCAUCUCAACGCAUCGCUUGUCCACGUCCCAAUUGCAAGCGCAUUAUCAAUUUAGCUCCCAGCCCAGUUACGCCACCCGUACCCACUAUGCCGGGUAUGUGUCGUGUCACCUGUGGCCAUUGUUCGGAUACAUUUUUGUUUAAUACAUUUCACAAUUCUUUGGCUCGUUGCCCUCACUGUAGGAAAGUUUCGUCGGUGGGUUCUCGUUUCGCCUGUGGUCGUGGCAUCAUUUUUGUCAUUAUAGGCUUAAUCGUAUUAUUUGCUGGCAUCGGUAUAACUGUCGGCACACAUAACUAUGCUAAGGAUCAUGCGGGCAUUUAUGUGGCAUAUAUUGGCAUAUUUUUAAUCAGCUUUUUCCUAUGUGCGCGUUCCCUUUAUUAUUUCCGUUUAAAAGUUAGCCAUGUUGAUGGUCCCAUGUAAGAACGUAUUUAAAUCGCUUUUUGUAGCAGCAUUCCUUUUGAUAUUACAAAAACAAAAAUAUUAUUAAAAAGCAACAUGUUUUUCUACUUUAAAACAAACAAACAAACAAAUAAAAAAACUGCAAAUUUUGAAAUUGUCUACCCACAACAACAAAUAUAUGAACAACAACAACAAAAACAUAUAAUUUAAUAUUUAGAAGAAAACCAAACAACACCAUUAUUAAACAACAAGAACAACAAUGAUGCUGAUGAAAUUUAAACAUUUAUAAAUAAAUGAAAAUGAAAACAAUGAACGAUGUAUGUAUGUAAUAUGUUUCAUAAAAUUACAUCAAAAUUAAUAAAAAAAAAUAUGUAAUGUAAUGCAAAUAAUAAUAGUAAUGAUUAUGAAUAUUUAAAUGUUACAGAAAACAAACAAUUCUUCUCUACUAAUCAUCAAAAUGUGUAAUUCACGUGCUAAAUACAUAUACAAAUAAACUAAAUAAAGUACAUAAUUUUAAUACAUAAUAAAUUUAUAUAAAACAGUAAACAAUUUAAUUAAAUGUUAGCAAAGUUAGACUACCUAUGUUUAUCCUGCAUAACAUUUAUUAAUUAUGUUUAGUAUUGUUUUAAUUUUCUUUCUGGGUCUUUUUUUCAUAUACAUAUAUUAAACAAAAAUUCAUAUUUUCUUAAACAAAUUAAUAAUAAUAAUAAAACAAUUAAACCACCACCAACACAAAUUUAAACAACAAAUACAAUUAAAUGCCUUUCGAUCAUACAUUAAUAUGUAACUCCCCUACUUAUUAUCUACUUACUUUAAUUUUACUACUUAAAAAAAAAUUAAAAUAAAGUUAAUUUUCUCUUCGUUGCCUUCGUAAAAUGAAACUAAUACUUAUGUUAAAUCCCUUUAAACAUAUUCAUUUGUUUAUGUCUCCCAAUUAAUUUUAUUUAUGUUUAUGCUUCAUUAUUUGGUCUUUAAUUUAAUCUCUUGUUAAAAUUUAAAAAAAAAAAAUAAACUAAAUUUAUCUUUAUUUUUAACUGGAAUUUAUUUAUAAAACUUUUCAAUCUCCUAUUUUUUUCUUUCUCUUCAUUUUGUAAUUGUUUUUUAAUUUUUAAUUUUAGCAUUUUUAUAUAUACAUUAAUACUUCUAUAUAUUUAUAUACAUACAUAUAAUAUUAUUAUCUACUUGUAUUUUUUUUUUAAUUCAAUUAAUUAAUUUUUCUCUUUCUCAGUUUAAAACAAACAAAAAGCUAAAAAUCAGCAAAUGAAACAAAUAAAAUAAAAUCGUAAUUAUAUUUUGUAUGCAAUUAAGAUGAUUUGCUAAUAGAAAACAAAAUAUUUGUGAAAAAAAAAACAAAACAAACAAUUAUUAUACAUAUAAAUUAUAUUUAGAUCGAUUAUUAUUACAAUUACGAUACCAUUUAUUGUAAAUAAAGAAAUAUAAGAUUAAAAAAACACA